AUGGAAUUUCAAGUUUCAGCGAAAUCUCCAAGUGCAAAAGCAGGAGCAACCAAGCAAGCGCAUCGCCUCGCUUACGGUACGCUCAAGAGUGAACGACGGGGUGUGGUUGGGUGUGGAAUGAAGCUUGGCUUCGACUCGAACGUCGUCGCUACCAUGUCACAAUUCCAACUCGAACAAUCGUCCGUGAUCAAGACGGCACCACCGGGCCGUCAGCUCGAAUUCUCGCCCAAGAAUGAACCAAUCGAUCUGGCACCGUUGACGCAAUCCAACCUGCAGGAUCUGUCGAAAAUGCAACCGAUCGACCUGAAUUACUACAAUACGAACUAUCAGCGAGCCUACGAAUAUGCAGCAAUCGGUCUCGGCGGGCAUAAUCAGUCCUCACUAAUACCGGCACCAUCAACGGCAGGUCAACUCUACUAUGGUUUCCCGAACGGUGUUGUACAACAGGACUGGGGCCGGCCUAUGGACACCUAUACGGCCUAUCCCCGAGCCACCACAUUGCAGUACAAUCCGCAAGACGCUAGCGGUACGACGACGGCUGCUCAAGAGCAACGAACCGUCUACAAAGGCGUCGAUAUGCCAAGUCCGGUGGAUUCAGGCAUUGGAGCCGAUUUGUCGAUGAUCACCGGCGCCAAGGAGGAGUUCUUUCAAACCGAAACGAUGCUCGAUCGAUCCGCCGAACGAGCGCUAAGUCAUCGAGAUUCGCCGGUAGUGAUACCGAAAUUACAUAACCCGCUAGGUUUUCAAUAUGUACUGGAGGCCCCUAUCUCGACUUCAGUACGAAAAGAAGAUGACCGAAUGACGUACGUCAACAAAGGCCAAUUCUACACCGUAUCUCUGGAUUAUAUCCCUGAUAUCAACAAACCCCUGAAGAGCGUCACCGUUAAGAGUCAAUUAAUGAUCGUAUUUCGAGAAGACAAGACCUAUGAAGAGGAGAUUAAGACGUGGCAAUUUUGGCAUAGCCGUCAACAUUCUGCCAAACAACGAAUACUUGAAGUUGACAGCAAAAACAGCUCCGGUAUGAUCGGCCAAAUCGAGGAAAUCGCCCAUAAUGCCGUUCAAUUCUACUGGAAUCCGUCCGAAAACGGUGUUAAGAUCAGCAUCGCCACGCAAUGCCUCUCGACGGAUUUCUCGAAUCAGAAGGGUGUCAAGGGUCUUCCGCUCCACGUCCAGAUCGACACCUACGAUGGCGACAACGACAAACAACCCUUCCAUCGGGGCUAUUGCCAGAUCAAAGUGUUCUGUGACAAGGUGAGCAAAUCCUUCCCAUAG